UUUGGGUGGUUUGUUAUGCGCUCUGUUCAAGACGUGCUUUUCAUCGUUCCAAGCGCGAGGCAUUCUUGACGAUUACUAUAUACGAUGCUGCGACACCUAUUUCCCCGAUGUUUCAAGCGAUAGCAUGCAACAGCGCCGCCAUUAUCCCAUGCGACUCCACGCGCCGCAAUGUCUCGAAAUAAAGAAAACAAUCCACUCUCGAGCACCCGACGCCAUGGUACAGCCGUCUCGCUGGGCACGCACCCACCGAGUGAAGAUUUCUUCACCGAUAGCAUGAUCGGCAACGAGUCGCGCAUACCCAGCCCGAGUCCGCAGAAGGUCAAGCCCGUCCGCGCGAGACGCGCAGCAGGCCUCGGGAGAGCACUUCAAACGGCCAAAGAUUCGGGCAACAGAGCACAGCGCACAUCACUUGCCGAGUAUACGAGUGCCAGGCUGAGCAGAAUCCCGCAACCACCUUUGCUCGUGGCGAGGAGGCAAAGUCAAAGCCCGCAUCGAACGAAUGGUCAAAGCACUCCUCCGCAAUCCCGGGAUGGUCCUCCCUUGACGAGCCCGGCCGAAUUCUCUAGCCCUCCUCACGGCUUGACGGAUGUGUACCAAAGGAUCGCGGAUGAGGAGGAUCUUGCUGCUACAGAGAGAGAUGUCGACAGUGACGAAGGUGUCGAGGACGAUGGGGAUAAUACUCUGGGAUCAUCUCUAAUGUCUGGUCCACCUGAUGACACUGGCGACAUUCAGCAAGUUGUAUCCGAUGUGUCAACACCUGUGAAGCAGACUUUGGACCACACCAAACAGCAUAUGGCUGAGGAUCAGACCGGAAGCUUCUCUGCACCACCCACGUUGGAUUUUGUACAGAAUGAGCUAUCAGAUCGCGCGCUUGCCGCGAAAUUGACGCCGCAUCUACUAAAUUCCGCGAAGGACAGAGAAAGGCUGAAUCGAAUGCGGCACAGCAAAGUUCCAAUCAAUUUUGGACAAGGUCCGAAGCAAGAGUUGAACGAUUCCGCGGGCGGCCCCCGACAGUUUGAUCUUGCAAGGAUAGCAGCACGGGGCCCAAUCAGUUUUGAGAAUGCUCCGCCCUUCAAGGCAAAUGGAGUAGGAAAGGCUUAUUCUGACACCUCAGUUGCUUCGCCUCAGAAAAGAGCCCAAGCAUUCAGUAAAGCUUCAAACAGAGCCGUAAGGCGGGAGGAAGCCGACGAUGGGAGCGACACUCCCGACGAAUUACGCGACAAAGAAAAGGCGAUAGCAUUCCGCAGAGCUGUACGCAAAAAGGAGCCUUCACAACAGGAAGGAAACCCUUGGAACACUGAUGAAGGCCCGAACCUCGCCUUUUCUCGUGCGAAUGGCCACUCACGGCCGCCUGUCGAAUUAAGCCAUGCCAAUGGAUCCGGAGAGCAAGCGAAAGAUCGCAAUGACACUAUCACCACCACGGCAUCAGAGCCAAUACCUGAUGUGUCGCUGCAUGCCGAGGAUAGGCCUAGAUCAGCAGCCCUAGAUAAAACCAGAACUGCUCAACAAUUCCUUUCCAAAUGGCGUCACGAAAAUGCCAAACGACAGGAAGGAGAGAGCAGAAAGUUGAAUGCUGAACCCGACAGCUCGCAAGUUGACUGGGCAGCGGCUGCAGCAGAUGUUCCUCUACCGUCCGUGGAGAAGAGCUUAACGUCUCCCGAUGAAAGCUCGACGCCUCAAGGCACACCUCCACGAGACAGAUUGCAAUCGACGAUGCAGAAACAGCGCUCGGUCGAAAGAUUCCGAGUUUGGGGUGACAACGAUUUUACUGGAAUCUCGUUUCAAGUCUCAGACAGCCCGCCCAUCCGCAAUCAAACCAAACCAGAUGAGUCUCAGACCAAGACAAAGACAGAGCUCCAAAGGUUGGCCCAAGGCUACAUAACGACCAACAGAUUAAAUGAGAUGAGCGCUAAGAACCCCAGCAUAGUUCGGAAAUCAUCUCGAUCGUUCAGCCCUGAAGAACGAAGACAAUCUCAGCCAGAUCGAGCAGCUGACGACAGGCAGCAAGACAGCCAAAAUCUUGGAGAGGGAGAACGAAUACCAGAUACACCUGUCGUAGUGUAUAGGUCCUCAAGUAAUAACAGCGAGCAUUCAAGCCGGUCACAACGACCUACACCCGAGUCACAGAGAUCACUCGAUCACCUUCAAAGGCUUGCCAGAGCUGUCAGCACGACUCCAAGAGCUAGUCCUCCAUCUCAGAAAACCGUGGGCGAAGAACCAGAAAACACGACCCAAGACGAUAUCCUUGCUGCUUAUGGAGACGAAGAGGAUACCACCACGGAGUCGUCUUUCGUAGACAAGAUUCCGGAAUCCCAAUCCAACGCUCCUAAGGUCAUGGCCACCCCGAAAAUCGUAGGUGCAUGGACUGACACCAUACUGCCGGACACGGUGCGGACGCAAAAAUCAAUCCUGAAACAUCCUAAGCACUUGCAGACACCUCAUGUGAAUGCUGGAGCCUGGAUUGAAACUCCGUUGCCAAACGGCGGGCUGUUUCCCGCCCCUUCAAUGCCCGAAACUAUCGAAGAAGCCACUGAAGAGCUGACAAACGGCGUUGAUGCUGCCUCAGAGCAACCUCCUAUCGACCAAGAACAGCCGAUCCCCAUCAAACCUGAGAUGACACCGGAUAGCGGGAACAUUGCCGAACCACACCCUUCGUCUGAAAGACCUCUAGUUCUUCCUCAGAGCGCACUUACCAACGUCCUCAAUGAAGCUAAACAGAAGCGUCUCGUCUCACAAGACAUCACCGAUACACGAGAUGACACACUCAACUUAGGAGAUGCCACGAUUCAGUCCUUUGAGGAUCUCCUAACUGAUGCAGCUGACAUCACUGCUGACUUGACCAGUCUUAUCAAGACUAAUGCUGAGGAUGAGGCUGUCAAGCAACGACAAAUAAGUCUUUUGCACGACAACGAUACUGAUUCUACCGCUGCGGAAAUGGCAUUCAUAGGACACUUAACCUCGCGCAUGGAACGACUCAUGUCGAAUUUACAUGAAGCCAGGAAAGGCAUCUCUCGUCUUGAGCAACGGGUUUCGACGUCACCGUCACCACCUCCGCCGGACAAGCAGACACUAGCACAAUCACAAGCCCUCAUCAUGCAAGACCCAAGUCAGCCAUGCGUCGUGUGCGGACAUCAUGGCGACGUUCAACAUCAACAGCACGACCAUCGACAUCGAAAGAUGGUCAACACACAUUCGUUUCUUCCGAUGACAUAUUCGACAUUCACUAUCCCGAUACCUUUGUUAUUUUAUCCCCGGCGCAAAGACAAGGGACAGGUCAUCCCGCGCCCAACGUGGCUGGGCUGGAUGACGAUCGUCCUAUGGAGCUGGUAUAUCACGGAGUGUGUAAUGGCCGAGAUCUAUGCUCAUCCAGUGUACGCGGAGCACUAUGUCUGGCCUGCCGUGCCGGAACCUGAAUUUCCGUUCGUCCUACCGACAAUGAUAUAUCGGUGGACUCGCAUGAAUUCCUUUUUGCCUAUCGUUGGACGGGUGGUCGUGGCUAUCUGGAGGGCGAUCGCUAUGAUGUUGGGUUUGAGCGAUGGAUUUGUGGAUGACGCCGUUCCGUCGCUGGUAUCAGCAGCGACAGAGAGUGCCACUGCAUUUGCCAAUGCAGCUGGCGCUGGUGAGGGACCAGACCUGAGCAUGAUGAAUGAUGAGUUUAUAUGAGGAAUAUGACGUUCUCCACCCCCACAUGAAUGGCAUGUUUUGUUUUUUUAUAUUGUGGAGGAUUGGCGCUGGGAACAACAGGGCAGGACUGAUUGGGCGGUCCUUUUUUUGGUGUCUGGACAGAUUGAAAAAUGGGGGGCUUCAGAAACGCUACUUUACUUUGCGCAUGACGAUCAAGUGCAAAUGACGGCCAGUUUUACAUCCAAGGAGGCGUUUUACUAUACGGGUCGACAUGGCAUGUCGGAUGGAGAACACCUGGUUCGAGACGGACAUGGUGUUUUGCCCUUGUUUUCAUGGAUCUCCCCCAAGCAUCACGUACAGGACCGGACUUUUUUGUUUGUUUGUUUUUAUAGGACCAGCAGGCGCCCCCUUUCCUCGAUCGAGACUGUUUCACUCAUUGCAUUCAUGUACCGUGUGACCCGUACGUGGUAUACAGUGUAGGAGUGGCUC